AUUUUUUCCACAAUAAGUAUUGAAAUAAUAAAAAAUAAUAAUAAAUAAUGGGAGUUAGUCAGUAUAUAAUUGCAAUAGCAAUCACAUCAUCAAAAGCAACAAGCAUUGACAGUUACUAACAACAAGAAGAAAGAAGAAGCAGAUAAAGAUACAAGAUAUCUAUUUAAUUGUACGGCUUGAGUUCCUGGCACCGUGCCGCUGAUGCUCAUAACAGUCGAGUGUGUCAAGAUCAUUUAUCAACACCUUGUUCAAUAUAAUUUAUAUUAAAAUGAAUCAAAAUAUUUUUUUAAUUAUUUAUUUUUUAACAAUUGGUGCUAAUUGUGAUGUGAAACAAAAAAAUGAGUACAUUGAAUUAAAAGACCCUCCAAUUUUACGAGUCACUCCAAUUUCACUCCAAGACUUUGAUUACUCCAGCAAUGAGCAAGUCUACGAAGAAAUGGACGAAUUAUUAAAGCUUAAGCGGAAGUUGGCAAUUGAUAAUAACAAUAAUAAUAAUAAUAAUAAUAUUAAAAGAGGUGAUAUGGAUCCAACUGAAGUGGAUUAUUCUUUGCUCGAGGACAAAAUCGAUGACAAGGUUCCUAAAAGAGGUGACAUUGUUACUAGAAACAAAAGGUCUGAUGAUUAUGAUGAUAAUUAUUAUGAAGACGAUGAUGACCUUUGGGGAUUUGGUGAGAAUGAUGGUCUCGAUCUGAUCAAUGAAGAGUAUGAUAAUUUGGAUCAGCCAGCGAUGGAAUUCAGGAAGAAAGAGACCAUCGAGGAACCGAAGGUCAGGGAAGAAGAAUUGGAAAGGAAGUUAAGAGACUACAUUGCUAGGAAUCGUCCGAUUAACUUGAGGAAUAGAAAGAUUGAUCGGGAGGAGCAUGAGACCAUGCUCAGAAGGUUAAACGAACUUCCUGUGGCUGCGAAGAUUGUUAUUGAUCAGCCGAAAUUUGAAUCGAGGAAUGAUUUUGAACGUGAUGUUGAUUUUCCUGAAAUAAAUCCAAGCCACAAAGGCAUUCAAGUGAAGAAUUUUCCAGUUCCAAGAGCACCAUCUAACCCAAAAAAAACCCCACCAAAUGCCUGUGUGUGGGCUAUCGUUCAAUGCUGCCCUCGUUCGGGAUCAAAGGACGUUGAUCGACAGGUGGUCGCCUGCUUCGAGUACAUGGCUUGUCCAGGUGUCGCUAAUUGGAACCCCGAUGUCUGUAGAGGACCUUGGGCUAGUGCCGCCAGGGCGGAGAUUAUCAAGUACUACAGGUCGUCCUAGACCAGCUACAGGAUAUUUUAUUAUAUAAUAGUCUUUUGUGCCUUUGUUCGUCGCGACAAAGGCUUAGUUAAUUGAUUCGGUUUGUAUGAGGCUGCUGCUGGUGCAUGCUGAUAAAAGAACUAAACGUAUAUAGGUUGUUAUAUAACUUACCAGGUUCGUUACGCUGCCCGACACCUCGUUUAUCGCCUCUUCCCAUUCUGUUUCUUUUUUUAUUUUUUAAUUUCUUUUUAACCUUUUUUCCUUUUACUACUCUUCUUUGUUUAUCUUAUCAGACAUUUAUUAUCUGAAAAUAAAAAAUAUUUUACUGACUA